AUCUGAGGUCAAGAAUUAUUCAAGGUGUAUGAGCCAUGGAUCAGAACAGCAGCAGUAAGGACCUGGUUCUACUUGAUAGCGACCACAAUCUGGUGAUGGUGAGGACAGUCAUAGGGCAGAUGCUGAUGUGGUUCUUCAUCUAUGUUGACAUGCUCAUGCUCUUCACCUUCUUCAGUAAGCAGGCUUUCCGGAGCGAUGCACGCUACAUCCUGUUUGCUCACACCCUGCUGACUGACUGUCUACUCCUGCUGCUCAUUGACCUGGUGGUGCUGCUUACCCACUUUCAAGUGCUUGUACCUGUCGGUCGCUGCAUCGUGCUCUGCAUUCUCAUGGGGAUUGUUGUCAAAAACACGCCCUACACCAUCACCGCUAUGUGCCUGGAGCGCUACGUGGCCAUCUGCAUGCCGCUUAGACACGCCAGCAUUUCCACCACCGGCAGGACCAUGGCUGCCAUCGCUAUUAUCUGGGCAUUCAGCUCCGUCAGGGUCAUUAUGGAUCUCAUUAUCGUCACUGUCAUGGCCCCACCAGAAUUUUUUGCCGUGCCCACCUUUUGCCAUUACGAGAUCAUGCUGGUGACUGAGUGGCAACGCCUCAUGUUUGUCACAUUUAAUCAGAUGGACUUCGGUAUUAUUGUGAUAAUCAUACUGUUCUGCUACACCAAGAUCAUGCUGGCGGCUCAGGCUGCCUCUGGAGAGAAUAAAGAGUCUGCGUCGAAGGGGCGACGCACGCUCCUGUUCCACAGCCUGCAGCUCAUUCUGUGCAUGGCCGACCUGUGGGGCCCCUAUUUAUUGUCUGUUGUUUUGCAGCAAAGUCCACACUUGUUCCUGCACAUGCGAUUCUUCAGUUUCAUUGCUUUUACCAUAGUCUCAAGGGCCCUGAGUCCCCUUAUCUAUGGCUUUAGGGAUAAACAGUUUUGCCUUGCCCUGAAAUAUUACAUGAGCUGCAAGGUCUAGCCCCUCUAUGGGGAAGUAUAGCAGCUUAGAACGAAAGCGAAAUGGAGAAAGCCACAGAAAAAAAAUCCUUCCGUGUACAUUGGUAUCUUAACCCACAAAGAUUAAACAAAAAUGGGAAAAUUUGUCAAGUUUUCAUUAGUUUUAAUGGAGAGGUGAAUUUUUUUUUGCAUCUUCUAUUUCUAGUCAUUUCAUUGUAUAAAUUUAAUUUCCACAAAACUUUGGCCAGAUUACUUCUCAAUCCCUUAAAAUAAAAAAGAUCACGUUUUUCGGAGAAAGAAAAUGAAAUUGUGUAUCACAAUACA